CAGUGAAGAGGUGACUCCGGGAUGCUGGCCUUCUAGGCAGAGUUGCAAAGAAAAAGCCAUAUCUCAGACUGGCCAAUAUAAAAAAAAGAUUAAGAUGGGCAAAAGAACACAGACACUGGACAGAGAAACUCUGCCUAGAAGGCCAGCAUCCCAGAUUUGCCUCUUCUCUGUUGACGUUGAGACUGGUGUUUUGCGGGUACUAUUUAACGAAGCUGCCAGUGGAGGACUUGUGAGGCGUCUGUUUCUCAAAGGCCUGAUAAAGGUGGAAUGCUUCCUUCUGAAAUGUUCUCCCAUCUCCACAGAUGAACUCUGGAGCUCACUCAGAGUGACCAUCGGGUUCUUUGUCACCUCCCUGACCAAGGCCCUUCUCCCCCGAUUGCUCAGUUUGGCCAGGGCCAGCUUUAGGAAGAGUUUUGGUGGUUCCAAACUUCUUCCAUUUUAAAAUGAUGGACCUUCAAUGCAGCAUAAAUGUUUUGGUACCCUUCACCAGACCUGUGCCUCGACACAAUCCUGUCUCGGAGCUCUACGGACAAUUCCUUCGACCUCAUGGCUUGGUUUUUGGUCUGACAUGCACUGUCAACUGUGGGACCUUAUAUAGACAGAUGUGUGCCUUUCCAAAUCUUGUCCAAUCAAUAGAAUUUGUUCUAGAAACAUCUCAAGGAUGAUCAAUGGAAACAAGAUGCACCGGAGCUCAAUUUCGAGUCUCAUAGCAAAGGGUUUGAAUACUUAUGUAAAUAAGGUAUUUCUGUUUUUGUUUUUUCAUACAUUUGCAAGAAUUUCUAAAACCUGUUUUUGAUUUGUCAUUAUGGGUUAUUGUGUGUAGAUCGAUGAGGGAAAAAAUUAUUUAAUCAAUUUUAGAAUAAGGCUGUAAUGUAACAAAAUGUGGAAAAAGUCAAGGGGUCUGAAUACUUUCCAAAUGCACUGUAAAAUGUAACAACUUAACAAUCAAGUUUAUUUUAUAUAUUUUAUUUUAUAUAAAUUCCUGUGUCUGUCUGUCAAGAUUCCAUCAUGCCAUUUGACUAGAUUUGAAGGGUAGAUUAUUGUGUGGUUUGGGUGUGGUUGUGUGUCAGUUGUGACAUAGCAUAGUUUAAUCAAAAGACACUCCCUGAUCUUUGUUGUAGCAUAUCAUAACAAAUGUAACCUGUCUCUGGUUUUACCUCUAGACUAGUGGUAGACUGUCUCAACAUGAAGAUACCCACAUACUCAUGUGUAGUGUGGCCUACGCUGGCAUUGUAGUCAUGGCAUCCAUUGUGGUGACUUAAAUGCCAUGGCAUCCAUUGUGGUGACUUGUUUUUCAAGUCACUUGUUACUUGAUUGAUAGACUGCUUUUUAACCAUUGUACAGUAGUUGUGGUUAGGGCUGGGAAUUGCCAGCGACGUCAUGAUGCGAUAUUUUCAUGAUACUUAGGUCCUGAUACGAUAUGUAUUAUGAUUCUCACGAUUCUAUAUGUAUUGUGAUUCGAUACUGUGCUAAAAACACUAGUUGUAGUCAGUGGGAGAUUUAAAGAAGAACCUCCUUACUGUCACUGUUACUCAGCUCCUCUCAGCCCUUCAAUACAGGGUAAGUCGUGCUGAGGCCUGGCUAUGCGGCUAGCUGAUGGAUUUACACUUAGUAAAUUAAACACCAAUGUGUAACGAAUGUCGUCGGGAGAAGGAGAAGAGGACCAAGGUGCAGCGUGGUAAGUAUUCAUAAUACUUUUAAUAAAUACGAACACUUGAACAAAAAACGACAAACGAACAGUUCUGCAAGGUGCAAUAAAUAAAACAGAAAAUAACUACCCACCAAGCACAGGUGGGAAUGAGGAUACCUAAGUAUGGUUCUCAAUCAGAAACAACGAUAGACAGCUGCCUCUGAUUGAGAACCACACCAGGCCAAACACCUAGAAAUACAAAACAUAGAACAAAACAUAGAAUGCCCACCCCAACUCACGCCCUGACCAAACCAAAAUAGAGACAUAAACAAGGAACUAAGGUCAGGGUGUGACACAAUGCUAUUGAUUUAAUUACAUAUUGGGCCUCGCUCCAGGCUUGACAGCUACUGACUGACUAUCUGUGGAUUUGUUUUAAACCCCAGAAGAUCAGAAAUAAUGUUUAAGUACAAUAAUAGUAUUUUCUAAUACAUUAUAAAUAUGAUUAUCUAAUAUAUUAUUAAUGUUUACUAAUGGCAUGUUUUUGUCUUUGAACACAAACUGUAUGUCUGGUUUGGUAUGGGGCUCUAAAUCACAUUGACAACCAUUGGUAAUUCUUAAUAUUCCUAUGUCUGAAGGAAUGCAUUGAGCAGUGAACAUUGGCUCUGAAAGUUAAAUGACCAAGCAGCCCUAAUUUCACCAAGUACUUUUCAGGCCUAUGUGCUCUGUUUUGUGCUAAAAUCUGUCAAGUGAAUAAUAAAAGUUGCUUGGUGCUAGAUAGAUUGUUGAACCCAUCGUACCUCUUUGAAGCAGCAGGUUUUGUAGACUAUACAUAUUGUAGUGUUGCUUGUCUGUGUACACUCAAUAUAAACUCACUGUACUAGAAAACUUGUGUGAUGAUUUGUAUGUUUGCAGUUUAUGAUUUAGUGUCAAGACAAAUCUUAUCUAACGAUAUUCACACUAUGAGAUGAGGUAAUUGAGACCUAUUUUCUUCUCACCAAACUGUAGCAGCGUUAGCCCCUUGACAUUAGCGGAGCUACUGACGGCACAAGAUUGCAGUGUUGGUCAGGGCUGGUCAGGUCUGGGCAGCAGCAGCAGACUGACUAAUCACUACAGCUUAAGCCCUAUGCUGUAAUAGUACAGAGAGCAAAGAGCAGAGUAACACAGGGCUGGAUCUCCCCUGCGGUCCACCUGACCAUCAGGAGAUUAGCUAGCUAACUAGCUAGCAGCCCCACUUUUACACUGCACUCAGAGAGCACAGCGCUAAUCAACAGAGAGCUCCAGCUACCCAUGGCUGCCAUUUUGCGGAAGUAAGAAGGAGUAACCGGACACCUGUGCUGCCUGCUGCCACAGUUCCCUCCCAGGCAGGGCGGGGGGAAGGCGGGGCCAGACCGGAUAGACCAGUGUGCCGCAUUCCUUUCCAACCUGGAGGCUUUUCUCAGGAACACAGAGAUCUUCUGUACACAUAUACACACAGGGAGAGAGGGGAAAGAACCAUGCCAGGAGGGCAACUCGGACAGUAGCUCUGACUCAGGUCUCUGUAUCUACACAUAUAGUAGGAGAGGAGUAUUGGAACCUUCCGGGCCAAAUUCAAAUAACUUGUUCCGUUGUUAUCCUGAGAAACUGAGAAUUUGUUUCUCCUGGAUUCCCAGGGAGAUUAUUCCGGGACAUGCUUCCUGCCUCUGAACAGUUUGACUUGACCGGGCACGUCAUUGGAAUUCUGCUCUACAAAACUGGAAGUUCUGGAACUCUGGAAAAUGCAGAUUAGAGGCUGUUUGUGAUUGAAGAAAGUUGUCUAUUCACAGCACAGCAAGGUUUUGUGUUGCCAAACGGGAUUACAGGAUAGCAGGGGUUAUAGCUGGAGCCCUCCUGGAGAGGGUAAGAAGAGCUAGGGGAUUUGUCCUCACAAAGGCCUUUUGUUCAUUGGAACCAGUAGAAGGACACAGUUUGGCAGGUUAGACAGCUGGAGGUGUAGAGAUGAGCCUUUUGUGACACUCUGAAUGGACACACUGUACUGGGGUAGCCUUUCUACCUGGCUGGCUGACUACAUUUUAGUAAUUUAGUAGAUACUCUUAUUCAGAGCAACUUACAGGAGCAAUUAAGGUUAAAUACCUUGCGCAAGGGGCAAAACAACAGAUUUUUCACCUAGUCGGCUCAGGGAAUCGAACCAGCAAACUUUUGGUUACUGGCCCAACGCUCUUAACGCUAGGCUACCUGCCGACCCAGAGUUCACUGCCCGAAGUACAUGCUACAGUGCAGUUAAGGGCUCUGUGAAAAUGGACAGUGUAAGUAAUAACUCUGAGGGUCAGGGGAAGCAGCAAUCCAAUUUGUUCCACAAUAAGAUAUCCACUAUGUUUACACGUGGGGACAAGACUGAGCCUCAGAGGUUGGUGGGAGAGACUGCGGUGCUGACGGCUUUCAGGACCCUGUCUGAUGAAGAGAACGAUCUCACAGGGGUCAGUGAUCAAAGUGCCCUGGAUGUUAUCAGUGAUGUGAGGGGUAUGAGUGUGGUACUUCAUAAAAGAGAGGCCACCUUCCUUUACACUGAGGACAGGAUUGAAUCAUGGGAGAAUGAGUCCAGUAGCUUUGUGACCUCUCCUAACACAGGUCAGGUGUCUGUUUCCACGGCCGACCCAGGUCUGGUCCAGGUUACAAUGGUGGAGAUCUGUAGCGACACAGAGAUGGAAGAUGAGGAGGGGAUCAGCAGCCUCAGCCAAUCGGACAAGCAUGACGCCCCUGGAAUGUUCUUCCCACCUGACAAUGACCAGUGGGCAGUGGCAGUGUUUGAUGAUAACAAGGGUCAGCUGCCACCCGUUGGCCCAGUGAGAGGUGCCAUUGAGACAGACUUAAAGCUGCCUGUGUUUAAGCCGCAUAGUCUUGUGGAGGGAUCCCUCAAAGAUACCUCUGUUCUGUACUCUGCGAGGUUUAUGGGCAGAUCUAACAGUGGGACAGAUCUUGGACUGCUCUCCUCUGUCUCCAAAACACAAGUGCCUGGAGACGGCUGCAGCACCGACCUCUACACUGAUCCCAGGCCUGUGGAGGUGGGUGUGGAUGCAGCAGCCAUGGGUGCCAAGGGGUCCAGCCAUCAUCACCACAAAGUAGCCAAAGGCGUCAGCACCAGCCAGGAAGUAUUGGGCCUUACUGACAUGUGUGCUGGAGACAACUCUGCAGUGGCUUCACUUCUUAACUUGUCUCGUACCUCUGAACCACAGAAAUCAGAGCAUGCAGCAGAUGACACUGCCUUGCAGUCAGGACAGCCAGAGGACCAAGAUUCUGGACAGAGGAAGGAGAUUUUGGGGGAAAACACUGGAACUGAGGAGCAUAAAGAUCAUGUCCACUGCCUGGACUCCCCCUCCACCCUCUCUGAGUCAAAGCCACCUGAAGCAGCAGAGACAUCUUCUCCUAGCCUGGAGAAGCAGACUGACACUGAAGUGAGAAAAGGUAUUUUAAGGACUGGUCUGGCCGUGUCGCGUGUUCCUGGAGAGUCCCCAACUGACAGCCAGCCAAGUGCCACUCCUGUCUUUGUCUCACCCAGGGGCCAAGGCGACAUGCUUGUCAAAAGGAGGCCCGACACAGACUCACCCUCCGCCUCCCCCUCCCCCUCCAGUGGAACAGUCUCCUCCCAUGCCCCCUCCUUCCAGCUGCCUGCCCUGUUCAGUGGACUGCGGGUUCUGAAGAAAGGGGCUGUGGGGGAGGAGAGGGAGACCGUGUCUGAGAUCAAACAGAGAGAUGCUGACCUGGCCCUUCUAAGCCUGAAGAAGACCGUCAACAAAGCCAAUAACUUCCCUGAGCAGAUCACCUCCAGUAGCCGCACCCCCAAAAAACGUCCCGAGCCCAAACAUGUGUCUGAGACCAAGGGUCAUCUCCUGGGGCAGCUCAACCAGCUGCUCAACCUUGAUGGGACCAAGGCCGAGGACAAGCCGGACCCACUGCUAGAGCUCAGAGACAGGGAGCCUGAGAGGGGGGAGGAGGGGGCGACAGACCAGGGUCCAGAGCUGAUCCCCACCACCCCACCAGCAGACAACAGGAAAGCCUCAGACACAACAUUAAACACUUUUAAGAGUCUCUUCAGCUCCAAACCUGCUAAAAGGGAUACAGCGGAUCCUGUGGAUUUAGAGGCUGUCAAGAAAAAAAAUAAAAGUGAGAAGGAGCUGCUGAAAUCCAUCUUUGAGAGAACCUCCAAGUCUCCCAGCAGUGAGCAAAAAGGUCCAGCGGAGUCUAAAUCUGAGAUCACCUCCCCUACAGACAGUGAGGACCGGACCCCCGGGCGGCUCCAGGCCAUCUGGCCCCCGCCCAAGCCCAAGGAUGAGGAGGAGAAGGUGGGGCUCAGGUACACCGAGGCAGAGCACCAGGCUGCCCUCUUACAGUUGAAGAGAGAAUGCAAAGAGGAGGUGGAGAAAGUACAUGCAGACUUUGAGCUACAGAUCUUCCAGGUGCGAGGGGAGCAUGCUGUCACCAUGUCCCAUCUGGAGGGAGUCAUCUGCAUGAUGCAGACAGACCGUCAACAGGCCUUCAGCCUGGGCCACGAGAGGGGCGAGCUCCGUGAGGCCUGCGUGUCCACCGAGGACGACCUGCCUUCCAAAACUUUUCGGAAUGUCUGCAUUCAGACAGACAGGGAGACCUUCCUCAGGACGCCCGAGGGUGAGGCCAGUCGGACCGGUCUUGGCCCCAGUCAGAACGUGCCUAAGAAACUCAACCUGAGUCUGCAUGGAGGAGCCUCAGGACUCCCCGGCCCAGCUCCCCCGCCCCCUCCUCCCCUUCCUCCCCUCCCUGGCCAAUCAGGACCGCCUCCACCUCCUCCACCUCCACCUCCCCCUCCCCCUCCCCCGUUACCUGGCAACAUGGGGCCACCGCCUCCACCCCCCCUCCCAGGUUUUGGUCCCCCACCUCCCCCUCCCCCUCCCCCUCCUCCGGGGUUGCCUGGAGCUGGCCCUCCCCUUCCUCCCCCUCCACCUGGGUGUGGCCCACCCCCUCCACCUGGGUGUGGCCCACCCCCUCCUCCUGGGGGUGGAUUAUUUGGGUUUGGGUUCGGCCAGGCAGCAGAGAAGGCCCCAAGGAAACCUGCGUUGGAACCUGCUACUCCCAUGAAGCCUCUAUACUGGACGAGGAUACAGAUCCAAGACAAUAAUAAUAAUACACUGUGGGGUUCUCUGGAGGAGCCAGACAUCGUAGACACCAAGGAGUUUGAGGACCUGUUCUCGAAGGCCACUCUGCAGCCAAAGAAGAAGCCCCUCUCAGACACCUUUGAGAAGAAGGCCAAGACUAAGAAGAUUAUCAAGCUGCUGGAUGGGAAACGUUCCCAAGCAGUCGGCAUCCUCAUCUCAAGUCUACACCUUGAAAUGAAGGACAUUCAGAAAGCUGUUUUGAGUGUAGAUAACUCUGUGGUGGACUUGGAGACCAUCGAGGCUUUAUAUGAAAAUAGGGCCACGAAUGACGAGCUGGAGAAGAUAAGAACACACUAUGAGACGUCCAAGGAGGACGAGGUGAAGCUACUGGACAAGCCUGAACAGUUCUUGUAUGAACUCUCCCAGAUUCCAGACUUUUCUGGCCGGUCCCACUGCAUCAUAUUCCAGUCUGUAUUCCUUGACUGCAUAUCUUCCAUCCACCGCAAAGUAGAAAUAGUCUCCACCGUGAGCAAAGAUCUGCUGGACUGUAGAAGUGUGAAGGAUGUGAUGGGGCUGGUCCUAGCCUUUGGGAACUACAUGAAUGGAGGCAACAGGACACGGGGUCAGGCUGAUGGCUUUGGCCUGGAGAUCCUGCCCAAACUGAAGGACGUCAAGAGCAGGGACAAUCGUAUCAGUCUGGUGGAUUACGUAGUUGCAUACUAUCUGCGCAAUUUUGACGAGCACGCAGGAACAGACAAGAGUAUAUUCCCACUGCCUGAGCCACAGGAUAUCUUCUUGGCCGCUCAGGUCAAGUUUGAAGACCUCACAAAGGACAUGAGGAAGCUGGGGAGAGACCUGACUGUGUGUGAAAAGGCUGUUCAGAAGGUGUGUGCUAGCUCCUCUGAGAAGGACCUCCAGCCCUUCAAGGAGAAAAUGGAGGCCUUCGUCUCGACCGCUCAAACGGACCACACUGCUGAGGAUGACAGGCUCAAUGCAGCACAGAAAAGCUUCCUGGACAUGGUGGGCUACUUUGGGCUCAAGCCAAAGUCUGGGGAGAAGGAGGUGGCCCCUGGUUACGUCUUCAUGCUCUGGUAUGAGUUCUGCAGCGACUUCAAGAACACGUGGAAGCGGGAGUGUAAGAACAUCUCCAAGGAGAGGCUGAAGGAAGCGCAGGAGAACAUGAAAAAGAUCACUGCUGAGAACAGGGUGGAAACCAAGAAGAUCAAUGCCAACAGUCUGAAAGAGAGACUGCGUCAGAAGGAAGCCAGCGUGUCCUCCAGCUGAAGAGGAUGACCAAUGAAGGACAGAGUGGAGAGAG